GUGGUUUCCUUUUAGUCAUCAUGGCUUCCCACCCAAACCUCUCACACCUUCUCCCUGCUGCCCGAUUGCGUCAACUCGCCCGAGAUUGGUUGCAAGAAGAUGCUCCAAGCUUCGACUAUGGUGGCUAUGCCGUGGGCAACCAUCAGGUGUGCGCUGUGCUCUUCUGCAAAUCCCCUGGAGUCUUAGCUGGUUUCCCAUUCUUUGAAGCUAUCUUUGCCGAAGUCGGCUGCUCGGUGGAGUGGCUCCAAACUGAAGGAACCUGGGUUGAACCCGUCACCCGAGUGGCUCAAGUCCGUGGGCGUGCCAAUGACCUCUUGCUGGGUGAGCGAGUAGCUUUGAACUGUCUGGGACGCUGUAGUGGUGUUGCCACAUCAGCAGCAAAAGCUUGUCGGGAAGCACAGGAAGCUGGGUGGCAUGGAGAAGUCGCUGGGACAAGGAAGACCACGCCGGGGUUCCGUCUCCCAGAAAAAUAUGCACUUUUAGUUGGGGGAUCCUCCUGUCACCGCUAUGAUCUGGGAAGCCUCAUCAUGUUGAAGGACAACCAUGUCUGGGCCUCUGGCAGUAUUACACAAGCAGUUCACAAUGCCCGGCGGGUCGGUGGCUUUGCCCUGAAAAUAGAAGUGGAGUGUGGCUCCUUAGAAGAAGCUCUUGAAGCAUCAGGGUGUGGCGCUGAUAUUGUUAUGCUGGACAACUUUGCCCCUGAGGACUUGCAUCCUACAGCCAGCACCAUAAAGGCCUCCUUCCCCCAUGUCACCAUUGAAGCUAGUGGAGGAAUCACUGAGGAGAAUGUCUCACGCUUUGUGGGGCCCAAUAUUGAUGUGAUCUCCCUGGGUUGCCUUACCCAAUCAGCCAAAGUGGUAGAUUUCUCCCUCAAAAUCAGCCGGGAUCAGACUCCCAAGCCUCCAUUGCGCAAUUUCGUUUUCUGAGCUGAGACGGGACAGCCAACCAGUCUGAUUAAAAUAUUUGGGAGUUGGGUAGUUGAAGAGGUAACGGGCUGAGUUGCAUCUGCUGCUUAUUAACUGUGCUGAUCUAAUAUGAUGGGCAUUGUACUCCAAAGCUUCUGGAAGACAGGGGAAAUUUCUUGUACAGGGUUUGCCUGGUAAAACCUCCCUAGGGAUUUUUUUUUAAAAGGAUUAUUUUCUUUCAUAGGAUCAUUGAAACAGAAUCAGCAUCAGGAUUGAAUGGAGGGCAACUGGGUUUGCUGUCAUAACUUCUUCAGCAUAUGUGAUUUUUUUACUGCAAUAAAAUGUAUGUCAUUUCCUUUCCACUUUCUCUUAAUCUGUGCCUUGCAUGUCUGCUGCAAUCAAUUUCACUAAGCUGGCCAAAUAAAUCUUUUUUUUAAAAAUUCAGUUGUUCCAUUGUCAUUUGUCAAAGUUGCCAUGGCCACCAACAUCACCAUUGCUCUCGUCUUCAACCCCUUGUUUUCCCAGAGUUGAUGUGCAUCUGUACGCAUGUGCAAUCUCUGAGUUGUCCAACCUCGCACUUAGCUAAAUUGUGGUACUUUCUGUCUUCAUCACAUCUCACCUACUAGUCUAUUGCAUUCCUCAGCACUAUUACACACUUUCCAGGGCAAAUCACAACCAGGCAUAGCUGAAGGCUUCCUGGAAUUUUCUUCCAGACAAUGAAUUUGAGCUGAAACUUUAGAAAGUCUCAAAUCUAAUUCUCUGAAGAAUCCCCGCAAUGGCUUUCUCUUUCUUAAAAUUGUGGCAACCUUUGUGAAGCUAUUUAUUUAUAGAGAUAACUGUGUAAGUGAAGCAAUAUUAGGCCUGCUACCUGAGUUUAAAAUUUUUACAUGCCUAUUUUAAUCAAAUAACUCUUUAAAUUGAAUUAUAGAUUAAAAACAACUUGUUCUGAAUCCAGAAGUAGACAUUCUUUCCUUUUAGAUGAGUCUCUAGUACUAGCAACGUAAGAGGUGAUCUUAUCUCAUUUUCUUUUACAGAAGGAAUGAUCUUUUAAAAUUGUACUAAGGAUGUGUCUCAAAAAUAUUUUUUAACAAUUGUACUGGCCACACUAAAAACCCUGAGUUAAUUAAUUAAUGAUCGCAGUGCUAAAAGGAAGAAAAACAAUCACAUUCAGAACCUGAAGCUAAAUUAGUUUUAGAAAUGGAAAUAGGAGCACCAUUCAGAUCUGUGCUAAUAUUCUGUGGCCUAAGCAGACUG